GGAUGCGGGCGCGGAAGGGCCGCUCUGGUGCCCGUGCUCCAUGUUGGCACAGCGGAACCCUCACGGGGUGUGCGGGGAGCGAGGCCGUUGCCGUUCGGACACUGGGACUCGUGGGGAGUUGGCAGAGCUCCCACGUUGGGUCCCGGUUGUGUGUCUCGGCUACAGCGUGAGCUGGGUGAGCAUCCCGCCUCCCUCAUGGGGUUUGGGGUCCCAGAUGUGCCCGCAGUGCUUGCCCGUGGGCUAACUGCGAUCCGGAACAGGGCUUUGGUUUAGCACAAGGGGUGAAUCGAUUCCUGCUCCUGGAAGCUUAUUUACCAGCUUGUACCCUGCUCAGUGCAUCUGUCUGAUGGGAGGGAACUGUUGCGUGUGGGUAUCUUAACACACAGCCUUAACAUUGCUUUCCUCCUGCACACUUAAAAGCUGAGCUCAGCUGCUUUAGCUCUGCCUUUCUUUGUGUUAUUUGAGCGAUGCAUCAGUGUUGGCAGAAGAUGUCUGGCAAAGCAAGGUGUGUUUCUAGGGAUAUGUGCUGCUAGCACAGCUGGGUGUGCAGUGGGAGCCGUAAGGGGAUAGGUUUCAGCACAGGGAAAGCUAAACAAGCUUCGGGCAGGUGCCGAGCUUCCAACUUGACAACAGGACAGGUUUUAUUGCACUUAGAGCUCAAAGAUGCCCCUGGAAUUGUGAGUACAAGGAAACCUGGAGUUUGUUAUGGCUGCUGCUGCUUUCGUGGCCUCUCUGCAUGCAAAGUGUCCAUUAGAAUCUGAACCACUCUGCUGAAGAGGGUUCAGAUGGAUAACGCAGAGCUGCUGUUAACCCUGCCUGUGUUGCUCAGUGCAGGUGAAUGUUAGUGUCUGUCUGUGGGGUUGGAGCAAAGUCAAAGCUGGAAAAGUGGUAAGGAAGCUGAAGGGUUGAGAAGUGCUGAAAGAAGACUUGAUAAAGGGAGAUAACCUGCUGCUUAGGGAGCUAUUUUGGUGCCUGUUGAAAGAAAGAAAGAGAGAAAGGGAGAAAGAAAGAAAGAGGAGUUAAGUCUUAACAGUGAAGAAGGGGGAAGAAGCUCUUUGGUGUGGUGGUAGGGCUGAGAGUGUGUUCUAUGCCACAGGUGUCCCAAAUCACUGCUGUGCACAAGAGCUGCUUCUCCCCAGCUGCAUGGGGAGUGAUGGGAGGAUGGUGUGGGGACCUGGUUUGCGUGGCAGAAAGCAGAUGAGCAGAUCAAAACAGUGCCCUUGCUUGUCCUAAACCCCUGUCUGGGUGCUCCUUCUCCUGCUGGCAGCGUGCUGGGCUCUUGUCUGGUUUUCUGUCACUGGUGCUUGUUGGGAAUCUCAUCUCAUUUCCUGCCUUGACCUGUUCUCCAUCUGCCUUUGAUAACUGGGACCUGGUUCCCUGUGGUUACUUCAAAUAGUUCUGAUUCUUCAUGCUCCAUUCUUUGUUUCUAUCCUCUUUGCUCCCUGUAGCCUAUUAAGGCUGAGUGACAUAACCUCUGUGUCCUUCCUCCUUGAACUUGUGCUGGAAACUCUUGCUUGAAUCAUACCAGGUAUUGCUUGCCAUGAUCUCCUUGAUUAAAUGGCAGCUCAGUGUUCACAGGUGAUUUUCUGCCAUCUUUUAGUUGUUCUUUUGGGGGGGUUGGUUUUGGUUUUCAGUGGAUGGUUUCACUCCUCCAUCCACAGCUGUGUUUUCAUGGAGCUUUUUAACAUAGAUUGGUAAAGAUUUCCACCUGUGUGUUCUUGUGUCUUCAGAAUGCAAGGGCAGAUUGUGUCUGCACAGUAAACUUUAUAAACUUAUUCCAGUGUAUGUGUAUCCACAAAUAGAUUUGUUUUAAUGGCACAAACUAGAGGGUGAGGAAGGGCUUUAGGCUGGUUUUGUUCUGCUCUGUGCACCAAGAUGGAAUUCAUUGGGCAGUAAACCAUCACUCCAGGGAUUGCACAGGUGAGGAUGCAUCUCCACAGGUUGCUUGCAGUGAUGAUGCUUUGCUAGAGACAGCCAUGUAGCUUCUGAGGAGCCUGGAUUAAGACUCUCAAAUCAACUCCUGCCAGCUUCGAAGGAGAAACAUCCCUUGGAUCUGAUCUGGGCUCUUAUCUCCCUCCUGCUUGGAAGUGGGGACUGGUGCCCUAGAGGUGCCCGUUGCUGCGGUGUAGGGCUCUGAAGAUGUCCAACAGCAACACAGCCCAGGAGUCUCUGGAAAUAAUGAAGGAGUCGGAGAAGAAGGUGGUUGAGGAAUCUGUGAACAAAACCAAAUACAUAUCCAGGUCACCGAGCAAGGAGGAGGUGGAGAAGGAUGGUGGGGAGGAGGCCAGCGUGCGCCAGGAGUCUCAGAGGCGAACUUCAAGCCAUGGACAUGCCAGGAAAAGAGCCAAGUCUAAUUCAAAGCUUAAGCUCGUCAGGAGUUUGGCUGUAUGUGAAGAAUCAUCAAGCCCCUUUGUAGAUGGGCUGCUGGAGUCACAGGAUAUCAUUCAGUUGCACGUUAGCUGCCCUUCUGACAAGGAAGAGGAAAAGUCCACGAAAGAUGGGGCUGAGAAAGAAGAAAAAGAUAAGAAUAAAGAAAAGGCACCAAGGAAAAUGCUGUCUCGAGAUUCCAGCCAGGAAUAUACAGACUCCACUGGGAUAGAUUUGCAUGAGUUUUUAGUAAAUACACUGAAAAAAAACCCACGGGAUAGAAUGAUGCUACUAAAGUUAGAACAGGAGAUUCUGGAAUUUAUUAGUGAUAACAACAAUCAGUUUAAGAAGUUCCCUCAGAUGACCUCAUACCAUCGGAUGCUGCUGCACCGGGUAGCUGCCUACUUUGGCAUGGACCAUAACGUGGACCAAACUGGGAAGGCAGUCAUUAUCAACAAGACCAGUAACACACGAAUCCCUGAGCAGAGGUUCUCUGAGCACAUCAAAGAUGAGAAGAAUGCAGAGUUCCCGCAGAGGUUCAUCCUAAAACGAGAUGAUACCAGCAUGGACCGAGAUGAUAAUCAGAUCAGACUCCCCUUGCAGGAUGGGAGAAGGAGCAAAUCUAUAGAAGAGCGAGAGGAAGAGUAUCAGCGGGUCAGGGAGCGGAUAUUUGCACGAGAGGCUGGCCAGAAUGGAUAUCUCACCGACAGCAGGGGCAACAGGGACAGUUUGAGCCGGGCCUCAGGCAGCCGCCAGAGCAGCACCGAGAGCGAGAUAAAGUCUCUGGAACCUCGGCCGUGGAGCAGCACAGACUCCGAUGGCUCCAUCCGCAGCCUGCGACCACCCGUUACCAAAGCCAGCAGCUUCAGUGGCAUCUCCAUCCUGACACGGGGGGACAGCAUCGGGAGCAGCAAAGGCAGCACUGCCAGCAGGACGUCCCGGGCAGGUACCAACCCUGCCAUGCCUUUCUCUGUUCAAGGUUUGGUACUAGGUGCCCCUGAAGCAUGCAGCCAAUCCCCCUCUUCACAGCCCAGCCGUGGCCUCCUACCCUGCACAGCCCAACAGCCUCAACCACAGCCACCCCAGCAGCCACCACCACAGCCCCAGGGACUUCCACCUGCAGCCCAGCAGCAGCCAGCCAUGAGCAACCACAUGAUAUCCCAGCCGGUCCCAGCGCUGCAGCCCGUUCAGUAUUCUCCAAGCUCCUGCCCCCAAGUCCUCUUGCCAGUCUCUCCACCCCAGCAGUACAACUUGGCCGAUGAGCUCAGCAACCCCUUUGGGCAGAUCAGCCUCAGCCGACAGGGCUCUACGGAAGCACCGGAUCCUUCCUCAGCCAUGUUCCAGUCAUCCCUCAUCUCCCAGCAUCCUCAGCAGACUGGAUUCAUCAUGGCAACCCCUGGGCAGCCCAUUCCCACCUCCAACUACUCCGCCUCAGGGCAUACGGCCCCCACACAGCAGGUGCUGCAGCCCCAGGGCUACAUUCAGCCUCCCCAGCAAAUUCAGGUUUCUUACUACCCUCCCGGGCAGUACCCGAACUCCAGCCAGCAAUACCGAUCUCUCAGUCACCCAGUGGCCUACAGCUCCCAGCGCCCUCAGCAGCUCCCUCAGCAGUCCCAGCAGCCUGGUUUACAGCCAAUGAUGUCCAACCAGCAGCAAACGUACCACGGUGUGAUGGGAGUGCAGCAGGCACAGCCCCCUGGGCUCCUCAACAGCCAGAGGAACAGCAUGGGUGGCCAGAUGCAGAGUAUGAUGGGAGUGCAGCAGGCACAGCCCCCUGGCCUCCUCAGCAGCCAGAGGAGCAAUAUGGGGAGCCAGAUGCAAGGUCUCAUGGUCCAGUACACUCCACUGCCUUCGUACCAGGUUCCAAUGGCCAGUGAGUCCCAGAGUGUGGUCCAGCAGCCCUUCCAGCAGCCAGUGCUUGUACCAGCCAGCCAGUCUGUGCAGGGGGGCAUUCAGACUGGGGGGGUGCCCAUCUACUACAGCGUCAUCCCAACUGCCCAGCAGAAUGGCACCAGCCCUUCGGUGGGGUUCCUUCAGCCUCCUGGCUCUGAACAGUAUCAGAUGCCACAGUCCCCAUCACCCUGCAGCCCACCACAGAUGCAGCAGCAGUAUUCAGGGGUGUCUCCAUCAGGCCCUGGCGUGGUUGUGAUGCAGCUGAAUGUUCCCAAUGGCCCCCAGGCCCCCCAGAAUCCCCCUGUGGUGCAGUGGAGCCACUGUAAGUACUACAGCCUGGACCAGCGGGGGCAGAAGCCAGGAGACCUGUACAACCCAGACACCAGUGCUCAGGCCAGCACCCAACUGAACAGCCCCAUCACAUCCCCAACACAAUCCCCGACACCAUCGCCUGUCACCAACCUCAACAGUGUCUGCACGGGGCUGAGCCCCCUCCCUGUCCUCACACAGUUCCCCAGGCCCAUGGGCCCAACACAAGGGGCAGACUGGAAUGAAACAUGGAAACCGGAGCAAGAGACAAGCCCUCAAGUCAGCAUCCACUGACCUUGGGACAAGCGAUGUAGUGCUGGGCCGAGUGCUGGAGGUGACAGACCUGCCCGAGGGCAUCACCCGGACAGAGGCUGACAAGCUCUUCACCCAGCUCGCCAUGGCCGGUGCCAAAAUCCAGUGGCUCAAAGAGACUCAGGGGCGCCGCGGAG